UUCAGACUCUCAAGUCUGCACUCCAGAGAGGAAACUGUCGGCAGAGCAGAGCUCCACAAUAUCCGCUCGAGGAAAUAACCUAAUUUACAUCAACCAAGCCACCAAAGCGGCGGCGCUCCACCUCAUUCUGCCGAACGAGAUGCAGCGACACCGCCGCUCCGGCAAGUCCCUUGCCCUCAAUCUCUUCAUUGUACUUUUUGCUUCUCUUCUGGUCUCCGCACUCUCUCUCCAACAACUAUCCAACACACAUUGGCUUCCCGCCACCGCUACUUGGUACGGCAGCCCCGACGGCGAUGGCAGUGACGGUGGGGCAUGUGGGUAUGGGUCACUAGUGGAUGUACGGCCAUUAAGGGCGAGAGUAGGAGCUGUGAGUCCCAUUCUCUUUAAAGAUGGAGAAGGUUGCGGAGCUUGUUACAAGGUGAAAUGCCUAGAUGAAGAGAUAUGUUCGAGGAGAGCCGUUACUAUAAUCGUCACGGAUGAGUGCCCAGGUGGGUACUGUUCGGGUGGUCGUACUCAUUUCGACCUCAGCGGCGCUGCUUUUGGCCGGAUGGCCGUUGCUGGUAACAAUGGGCAGCUCAGAAAUCGAGGCGAGAUCUCAGUCAUCUACCGCAGGACUCCGUGCAAGUACCCAGGGAAGAACAUUGCCUUCCAUGUGAAUGAAGGCUCAACAGAGUACUGGCUAUCACUACUAGUAGAGUUUGAAGAUGCAGAUGGAGACGUUGGAACAAUGCACAUAAGAGAAGCGAGUUCAAGUGAGUGGCUAGAGAUGAAGCACUUGUGGGGAGCAACUUGGUGUAUUAUUAAGGGACCCUUACAGGGACCAUUUUCAGUGAAACUAACAACACUAUCGACAGGUCGAACUCUCUCUGCAAGAGAUGUUAUACCAAGGAAUUGGUCUCCCAAGGCCACUUACACCUCACGCCUUAACUUCUUCUGACCCUAUCAAGAGAAGAGAUCAUCAACAAAGUAGAUUGGGUAUAUAUAAAAGAACCCUGUAAAGAAGGGGAGAAAAAGUAGCCGUUGUUGUCGGUUUGCUUUUACAAAGGAAAAGUAGCCGUUGGAAACUGUAAAAGGGGCAUCCGAUGCUACUGAGUCCAUUUGGUUUAUUUCUCUUAUCUUUGUGAAAUUCUGUGGCUUUUGCCGGUAACUUUGUAAGAGUGUCUAGUAGUGGAAGAUCCGUAGCCCUCUCCAAAGGAGAGAGAGCGUUGUCGUUUUAUGUUCGUGUUUUGAUCCAUUAAUGCACUUGUUUGUUUUAUGGGAAAA